AUGAGCAGCUGCAUUUUCCGAGACCGAAGCGGGCUGGAUAAUGCCAAUUGGGAAUCCGCCGAUGUUGGCACGGAAACGCAGUGUUAUUUUGCAGGGUUCCGGUCGAAGCAUGACAAUCACGAUGAGGACCGCUGGUGGGAUUAUCACGAGUACUGCAUCACGCAUUCUGGCGAACAAAUCACGAAAGGGAACUCACCCGACGCCUACUUUCAGAUGAACGACUGGGACCAGGAUUUCAGCUGGACUGCCACGACAGGUCGAACAAUCUACGGAAUGAACUCGCGCCACUGGAACACCAAAGAAGAUCGUCUUUAUCAAGUGAAAACCGUUGAAAUGAUUCCCGAGUUCGAGUACACGGGUGGUUGUUCGACGACUGCCGAAGUGAAUAACUUUGACGGAGAUCUAGACUACACAUGCCCUCUGGUGUUUGAGUACAUUGCAGGAAUGUCUUCAGUUAACAGCAACAGCAAUGAAGAUCGCCGCUGGAAGUACACCUGCUGCAAGAUGGCAGCCAAGUCGUGUGGUUUCCCUGCAUCAUUCACGUCUGGCUCGUGGAACUGCAACCGACAGACAGUUGGUGGCGUUUGCAGUCAUUCGUGUGCCACCGGCACUCGCUCAACAUCCGCUUCAGGCACUGUUACGUGUCAGUCAAACAAGUUUUGGUCGACGCGCAAUUUCCAAUGCAACACGAUCAACUGUGGCAAUCCAAGCAAUCCGACGAAUGGACAGUUUAAUUGCGGUAGCACGACUUAUCAGGGAACUUGCUCAAUGAGCUGCAACAAUGGAUAUCAGCUGUCUGCCGCCGCAACCAUCACUUGCUCAGACUACACUAGCUCUUUCGGUUGGUCCUCUUACUCGAGCUCUUGUAAUACUAUCACAAACUACUGCCCAGCCCCGCCAACUUCAAUCACUCUCGGCAGCGUGAGCUGCCAGCCGACCACUCGCAGCAUCGGAACAGUGUGCACCUACUCUUGCGAUUCGGGCUAUGUCGUGGACGGCACAUCGCAGCGUGUUGUUCCAGUCACUUGCCUGUCCAGCACUGCUUCUGUCGGUGUGUGGUCGCGCGCGACACCAACGUGUGUUCUGUAUGCGGAACAUUGCCCGCACACUAUGGCAGCGCCAACCAAUGGAGCUGUCAACUGUGAUGGAUACUCGCUUGGUGGUAUCUGCACUGUUUCUUGCAACGCUGGCUUCCGUCUGCGUGGUUAUGCGCCACUUGCUACUGUCGAUUCGGUGUGCAAAGCGGAUACCACCUGGUCACGUCCCGAGACGUUCUACUGCGACCCGAUCGCCUGCCCCGCGCUUUCACUUGGUAAUGGUGGACUGAAUUGCGUUGGAGGAACGACUGCUUACAACUCGCAGUGCACCCCGUACUGCAACGCUGGCUUCACACUGGAGGGCGACUACACUGGCGCAGUGCGCUGCAACGCCUCGCAGCUGUGGAACGCAACCCUCUCUGCGCACUGCCAGAUUGUGUCGUGCGACCCUCUGACUCUCGAAAACGGUGCCAUCGACUGCACCAAUGGCAACACAAACUACCUCUCGGAAUGCACACCGAGCUGCAAUGCAGGCUACACCCUUGGCGGAGCCAACACAAAUCCUGUGACGUGUCAGGCGUCGCGCGAGUGGAGCGCAACGCUGCAAGCAGAAUGCACGAUUGUAUCGUGCGAUCCUCUGACGCUUGAAAACGGUGCUGUUCUGUGCACCAACGACAACACAAACUACGGAUCCGAGUGCAUCCCGAGCUGCAACCCCGGCUACUCGCUUGGAGGAGACUACGCCGAUGUUGUCGAGUGCCUGGCGACACGAGAGUGGGACCGCCCGAUGGACGCCUCGUGCACCAUUGUUGCCUGCGAUGUUCUGACGCUUCCGCACGGCACCGUGAACUGCACGAACAACUCGACCGACUUUGGCUCUGAAUGCACCUCGUCCUGCGAUUCGGGUUACCAGCUGGUCGGUGGUUACACGGGAGCACUCUUCUGCAACUCCUCGAGAUACUGGAAUGUCACUUUCACCGCUCGGUGCGAAUUCAUUGAGUCGGGUACGGCAACUGCGACUGCCCUCGGCGCGGGUGUCGGUGCUGGAUUCUUUGUCCUUCUCCUCUUGUUGCUUUUCCUGCUGGUACUCGCUCGCCGUCGCCGCUCCCGCUCAAAGAAGCCGCUUCCGGAGCAAAAUUCUCAGUCGAUGAUUCUUGUUCCUUCCGAACUGCGCCAAUCCGCCUCCGCUUAUGAGUCCACCGUCGAGAAUGAAACCUACUCUGAGCUUCAUGCCAUCUGUGACACCUACGACUCGUUGCAGCGUCCUGCGACAGACACAUACUCUGCACUGAAUGGCGGUGCGGGCGUUUACAGUCAGCCGACUUACUUGAGCAGCUCCGUCCCGCGUGCGUCAAUGUCGACCAGUGGGCCAGAUGCGCUCAACUACGCCCAAAUCUACGCUUCUCCAUCAGGAGGGCCUGCUACCGAUGAAGCUGAGGCCGCGCCACCCGCUUAUGACAACCCAAGCACCGGCAGCAGCCACUAUGACAAUGCCGUUUUCGAUAAGGCCACAGAAGCACUGGGAUUGAGUGAUCCUGUUUCCCAUCCGAGCGCCGAAAGCCCGCCCGAUGCGGCAACUUAUGCCAACAUCGUCAACGAGACUCCCGAGCCUGCUGUUGAACCCAGCGAAGACAACAGCUAAACGUCUGAUUCGAGCGCUGGCAUUCGGUUUUCACCAGCUGUACUAUGUUGUGACGAUUUUGUUGUCAUUUGUUGCGACGAUUCUUGUGUAUUUCGCUUGGCCCUGCAGUUGUAGAAUUACCAAAAGAAUCAACAAACAAUUGUAAAAAACAAACAUUGGUCCGAUG